UGAAGGGACCGGGCUAUGCAUCGCCGCUCGAAGCCAUGAAAGGGCCUCGCGAGGCUUUGAUCUACGUCACCUGCGUCUAUAACGGAACUAAUGAAAAGGGCAAGCCUGAUUACUUGGCAACAGUGGAUGUUGAUCCUAACUCACCAACCUUUUCGCAAGUCAUCCAUAGACUUCCAGCUCCCUAUGUAGGCGACGAACUGCAUCACUCAGGCUGGAAUGCCUGCAGCUCUUGCCAUGGUGAUCAAUCAGUUGAUAGACGUUACCUAAUCCUGCCUUCGUUGAUAUCUGGUCGUAUUUAUGCUGUCGACACUGCUACAGAUCCAAUGGCUCCCGCUUUGCAUAAGAUAGUUGAGCCUGAGGAUAUUGUGCGGGAAACCGGAUUGGCGUAUCCUCACACGUCACAUUGUCUUGCAUCCGGUGACCUUUUGGUGUCUUGCCUUGGUGACAAAGACGGCAAUGCAGCUGGGAAUGGUUUUCUCCUAUUGGAUUCUGAUUUUAAUAUCAAAGGAAGGUGGGAGAAACCAGGUCACAGCCCAUUGUUUGGAUACGAUUACUGGUAUCAACCUCGGCACAAUACGAUGAUUAGUACGUCGUGGGGAGCUCCGGCAGCUUUUAGUAAAGGAUUUAAUCUCGAGCACGUCACCAAUGGACUCUACGGGAGGCAUCUCCAUGUCUACAGCUGGUCUGAUGGAGAACUGAAGCAGACUUUGGACCUCGGCGAUACCGGUCUCCUACCUUUAGAAAUUAGGUUUUUGCACGACCCCUUGAAAGAUACCGGCUUUGUAGGGUGCGCUCUGACCAGUAACAUGGUGAGGUUCUUCAAGACCAAAGAUGGAUCAUGGAGUCAUGAGGUGGCGAUAUCAGUGGAACCACUUAAGGUGAAGAACUGGAUUCUCCCUGACAUGCCUGGGCUCAUAACUGAUUUCCUCAUUUCCUUAGAUGACAGAUUCCUCUACUUUGUCAACUGGUUGCAUGGUGAUAUCAGGCAGUAUAACAUUGAGGAUCCUCUCAAGCCUGUGCUCACCGGCCAGGUUUGGGUUGGCGGAUCGAUUCAGAAAGGAAGCGAUGUGGUUUACAUCGCCGACGAUGGAUCCGAAGCACAAUUCGAUGUGCCCGAGAUUAAGGGAAAUCGGCUUCGAGGAGGGCCUCAGAUGAUCCAGCUGAGCCUCGACGGAAAGAGACUCUAUGUGACCAACUCACUCUUUAGCGUGUGGGACAAGCAGUUCUACCCAGAGGUUGUCCAGAAAGGCUCCCAUAUGCUUCAAAUCGAUGUUGACACGGAUGAGGGCGGGCUGAAGCUGAAUCCAAACUUUUUCGUCGACUUUGGACGCGAACCUGACGGCCCCUCGCUUGCCCAUGAGAUGAGAUACCCUGGAGGUGACUGCACUUCUGAUAUCUGGAUAUAGGGGUGUUUUUCUGUCGGGGGAGAAUGGCGCAGAAGCUUAUAUUGUAUGAAUAAAUCUGGCCAGAGUAGGGGGUGAGUUGGUUGUUAAACUUCUAUGUUGAUGAUUAAAUAAAGCUUAUUGGUUCAUGAGUUGUCUUUUUUUGUAUGGUUUUAAAUAAAAAAGGCUUGUUUUUUGA